ACAGGGUUUCCCUUUUCCGAGAUUUCUUUUCCAGUUCUAUUUCAAUCCUCCCUUUCUUGGCAGCUCGAUGCGACUUGCAAGGGAGAUGGAGCUAGUGAAAAAAGGUUGAAUUGGGGCCGAGCUCAGACGGCCGAAGUCCGGUCUCUAGUGGGGUGACCCCUCGGACAGUGGGUUUGCCGAGCGGGGGUUCUCUCUCUCGGACCGCCAGCUCGGGUCCGACUGCGGAGACUGGGUCAAUGGGGUAGCAAAUCAGUAUUUCUUCUUUAAAAGAUUACUGGAAAACCCGGGGGCCUCGUUUCAGGCUCCAAGCUACCCCGAAUUUAAAUUGACCAUCACAUAAAUUACGAAAUAGUCUAUCCACAUUCUGCGUUUCUUACUUGGAAGGCUGAACUUAGUCUAGGUUUGGAGUGUACGCGAUGCUAAUCAAUCAUCAUAAGGAUUGGCAUAUUUAGCAUUGAUUAUUUGCGGUAAUCUGCAAAAUUGAAAACACGUUUACUUCAUGUUUAUUGCAGCCAUGGCUCUAAAAGGACAAGAAGAUUAUAUUUACCUUUUCAAGGAUACAGCGCAUCCAGUGGAUUUUCUGGAUGCAUUCAGAACAUUUUACUUGGAUGGAUUAUUUACUGAUAUAACCCUCCAGUGUCCUUCAGGCAUAAUUUUCCAUUGUCACCGAGCUGUUUUAGCUGCUUGCAGCAAUUAUUUUAAGGCUAUGUUCACAGCUGAUAUGAAAGAAAAAUUUAAAAAUAAAAUAAAAAUCUCUGGCAUCCACCAUGAUAUUUUGGAAGGCCUUGUGAAUUAUGCAUACACUUCCCAGAUUGAAAUCACUAAAAGAAAUGUUCAAAGCCUGCUUGAAGCCGCAGAUCUGCUGCAGUUCCUUUCAGUAAAGAAAGCUUGUGAGCAGUUUUUGGUAAGGCACUUGGAUAUUGAUAAUUGUAUUGGAAUGCACUCCUUUGCAGAAUUUCACGUGUGUCCAGAACUAGAGAAGGAAUCUCGAAGAAUUCUAUGUUCAAGGUUUAAGGAAGUGUGGCAACAAGAAGAAUUUCUGGAAAUCAGCCUUGAAAAGUUUCUCUUUAUAUUGUCAAGAAAGAAUCUCAGUGUUUGGAAAGAAGAAGCUAUCAUAGAGCCUGUUAUUAAGUGGACUGCUCAUGAUGUAGAAAAUCGAAUCGAGUGCCUGUAUAACCUCCUAAGCUAUGUAAACAUAGAUAUAGAUCCAGUGUAUUUAAAAACAGCUUUAGGUCUUCAAAGAAGCUGCCUACUAACCGAAAAUAAGAUACGAUCUCUAAUAUACAAUGCUCUGAAUCCCCUGCAUAAAGAGAUUUCCCAGAGAUCCACAGCCACAAUGUACAUCAUUGGAGGCUAUUACUGGCAUCCUUUAUCAGAGGUUCACAUAUGGGAUCCUCUGACAAAUGUUUGGAUUCAGGGAGCAGAAAUACCAGACUAUACUAGGGAGAGCUAUGGUGUUACAUGUUUGGGACCCAACAUUUAUGUAACUGGGGGUUACAGGACGGAUAAUAUAGAAGCUCUUGACACAGUGUGGAUCUAUAACAGUGAAAGUGACGAAUGGACAGAAGGCUUGCCGAUGCUCAAUGCCCGGUACUACCACUGUGCAGUCACCUUGGGUGGCUGUGUCUACGCUUUAGGCGGUUACAGAAAAGGGGCUCCUGCCGAAGAGGCCGAGUUCUAUGAUCCAUUAAAAGAGAAAUGGAUUCCUAUUGCGAACAUGAUUAAAGGCGUGGGAAACGCGACUGCCUGCGUCUUACACGAAGUUAUCUACGUCAUUGGCGGCCACUGCGGCUACAGAGGGAGCUGCACCUAUGACAAGGUCCAGAGCUACAACUCAGAUAUCAAUGAGUGGAGCCUUAUCACCUCCAGCCCACAUCCAGAAUAUGGAUUGUGUUCAGUUCCAUUUGAAAAUAAGCUCUAUCUAGUUGGUGGACAAACUACAAUCACGGAAUGCUAUGACCCUGAACAAAAUGAAUGGCGAGAAAUAGCUCCCAUGAUGGAAAGGAGGAUGGAGUGUGGCGCCGUCAUCAUGAAUGGAUGUAUUUAUGUCACUGGGGGGUAUUCCUACUCAAAGGGAACCUAUCUUCAGAGCAUUGAGAAAUAUGAUCCGGAUCUUAAUAAAUGGGAAAUAGUGGGCAAUCUUCCAAGCGCCAUGCGGUCCCAUGGGUGUGUUUGUGUGUAUAAUGUCUGACUGAAUCCAUAGAAAUGACCCAGUAAUCACUGUUUCGGGGUGUAGUUUAAAAAAAAAAAAAAGAGAAUUCAGGAUUUGGAGUCUCUUACUUAACAUUAUGGCCUGGCACAUAAUGGGUGAAUUUCCAUGCCUAACCCCCACUCUUCACCUUCAGACAGUGAUUAAUGGUCAAGAAAAAUCCUAUGUGUAUUUACAGUUGAAUCAGUAGGGUUAACACCCUAUAAUCUCUGCUUUUCAAAGGUAAUAUGGAACGUUGGACACUUGGUAAAAAGUGAAAUACCUUUGUAGUGAAUUUUUCUCCUGGUAGCAUCAACACUGGGUGCAGGUCAGAAUCAUUCUGUGGAAUGAAAUGUCUCUUCUGACCCUGUAAUGUACUAGUGUAUAUUAAGGUUCCGUUUAUCUAACAAGGAAUUUGAAAUUUAAGGAGGGAAUCUUCUCUACCUCUACAAAAUCAACGCUUUAAAACAGCUUUUUUCACCGUUAGAUGUAUUUAGAAUGUGGACUUACUUUAAGUCUUUUUUUCUUUGUCAUCUGUAUAAUUUAUUGUUCUUCUUUAUUUACUGACUGCCUGAAGUAUACAAGAUACUGUGCAAAAGAUUAUUACUGUUCAGAGUUUACAAACUAAAUUUAGAAGAAUGGCAAGUCUGAAAAAUUGCAGAGAAAAUAGUUAAAUAUUUGCUAAUGCUAAGAUCUAUUUUUAAUUUUCAGCCUUGAUGGAAAUUGCUAGUUUAGGUGUCUUUAGUUCAAGCAUGUUAGAAAAAUCCUCUUUAUUUGUAAGUAUAGAUACAUUUCUGCAUACAAAAUUGAAUUUUAGAGCCAGAAAGCAUGUAGAAAAGUUGUGAUGCAAUAGAAAAUAUAGUGAUGAGAAAAAAUUUGCAUUCACUUCCCAGCUGCGCCACUAACUAGAUUUUUGUAACUUGAAUCGAGUCAUUUAACCUCUCCUUGAUUAGAACUUCAUAACCCAUGCACUUUGGGUCAUAGAUAUGCCUACAUAUGGGUCUCCACAGCCCCUGGGGUAGCCAGAGGUAGCCUGGGUGGCUGGAACUUCCGGACAGAAACACCUUUGUCCACAUUCCCCAGUGUGCCUGCAGUAUUACUUUCUGUGUGUGCCAAAACUUGAGAAAAGUUGGGAAGCAUUGCUUAAGUUAGCUGAAGUUUUAGUGAUCUGUUAGACCAUCUAUCCAUACUCUUCAUUUUCUUAAGGAGACAGUAAUUAUUUUUAACUUUAAAUAUGGAAGUUGAAAACUACCUAAUGCUCCUGAUGUUUUGUUUUUUUUUUUUUUAGAAAGAAAGUGUUAAAUGCAUUCAUUUCAGAUGGCAUUUUAAAUAGACACAAUCCUUUGGGAAUGCAGUAUGGUACCAAUAUCUUUGCCUCAUAAAUUCUACUCCUAGAUUUGUAACCUAAAGAACGAUAUAAAAACAAAACAAAGGGAAAUGCGUGAGGGUGGUUAUGUCCGCAUUAUUUAUAAUAGCAAAAAAUUGGAAACGGUCUACGUGUCAAAGAAGAAAAUGGGCUAAUAAAAUAAUGAAGUAUCAUACCGCCAUUAAAAUAAUUAUUUGGAAGGCUGUAAAGACAUGGACGUGUCUGUGAUAUGGUAAGUCAAAUAAGCACAAUAUAAAAGAGAUGUGUGCUAUGAUUGUGACUUUAUAAAAUCUUUUUGCAUGUGGAAGGUAAUAUGCAAAACUAAAAUCCGUUGUGUUAGUGUAGGGGGACGCGGAAUGAUUUUUAUCUUAUUUAAAUGUUUUUCUUUAAUAUUUGUGUUUUCAAUAAAAAUAAGUAAAUCACUGUAUACAUGGUAAAACCGCUUGAAUUUGACCUGAGCAAGUCAAAAGAUAGAAUUAGUGGAAGCACUGAGUUACAGACUAUUUCAGUCUAUAAUUGAAUUAUAGACUAUUUUGUUGCUUUCAAGAACACUUAGCAAUUAAUACUGGACCAGUAAUGUAAUGCCCACUACUGUUUUAGAGAUCUGUUUUAUGGAAUAGAUGAAAACAAUUGCAAUCAUCUUCCCCUGCUUUUAGCUUAUCUAGGUUCUAUAAAAUCCUGACUCAAGUCCAACCUCUGGGAAUUCUUUCCUGCUGCUCAGCCCCAGUAAAAUUUCCAUUGUCACAUGUAAAAGAUUUAUGAUUAUAUAUGUGUAGUAUAUAUAAUUUUGAGUUUGUGGAUCAUGUCUUAUUCUCAGUUUUUUUCAAGGCCUAGCAUUUCAUUUGUAUAUCCGGUGUACUUUUUUUUAGAAAGAUGAUGAUAUCGGUUAUUUUUACAGAAAGACAUUCCACAGGUGCUUGAAAGAUCUUGAGAAUAGUUUGUGGCCUGAGGUAUUUAAUUUAUUGCUCCUAUUUUCUGUAAAAUUUUGUUUUUGCUAUUGCUCUGUGCAUACAAGAAAGUAUUAAGAAAGGUAAGGUAAACACUUCUGUCAGAAUUAUCCCAAGUUCCAAAUCAGUGUAGUAUGAGUGAAAAAUAUUUUACUGUAAUUAGAUGCAAGCCAUUGCCUUGGGAGGGCCAGCACUAUUUUGCAAAAUAGUGAAAAUUGUGGAGAUGAUUCUAAGUAUGACUGAGUUAAGAGGACUGUAAGUAUCCAAAUUUUAAAGUUUGUUUCUCAGGGUGCCUGGGUGGCUCAGUUGGAUAAGUGUCCGAUUCUUGAUUCCAGUUCAGGUCAUGAUCUGAUCCCCAUGAGAUCAAGCCCCGUGUGGGGCUCCACGCUGGGUAUGGAGCCUGCUUAAGAUUCUCUCCCUCUCCUUCUGUCCCUCACCCCCACCCCCUCUUUCUCCCUAUAAAUAAUAAAGUAAGUAAGUAAGUUAAUUAGUUACUGUUUCUCGCAAGUCAUAUUUUUAAUUUUGAGCUGGAACGGAAAUAGGGUCAACAUCUUUGUUUUCACAUUCAUGUAAAUAUAUGCUUGUGUUAUGGACUGAAUGUUUGUGUCCCCCACAAUUCAUAGGCUGAAACCCUUAUCCCCAGUUUGACGGUAGAGAUAGGGCCUUAUGGAAGUAAUUAAGGUUAACUGAGGCUACAAGGGUAAGGCUCCGAUCAGAUAGGGUUAGUGUCCUUGCAAGAGACACCAAAGAGCUUUGUCUCUCCCCGCGUGUGUGAAGCCAGUGAGAAAGCAGCAUCUGCAAGCCAGAAGGAGAGCUCCCACCAGAACCCGAUCGAUCUCAUCUCAGACUUGCAACCUCCAGAACCGUAACAAACAUUUCUGUUGUUUGAACCACCCAGUCUACGGUGUUUUGUUGUGGCGGCCUGAGCUGACUAAUACAGGCUGCAAAGGAGAUCGUGCUUUAUAUGAUGCGAUUUAGGGGCUGAAUCAGCCAGUAGUAGACAGUCUGUUCCCUGGACAAUCCCUCUUUCUUCCCCCUACGCCCUCCCACAUAAAGCAACCAGAAACACCUGUUGCAUUAGUCUGAAAAUGUCUGAAACCCUAUAACUACAGCUUCAUUCUUCUUAGGUGGUAGUGGAUGUGGCUAGGAGUGUCUGUCUGCCUAGUUCUUGCCAAGACUCUGUCUGUACUGAUGUCCUAACUCCUUCCCUGCAGGGACACCUACACCUUUUGAAAUUAUGAGUCAUAAACUUAUUUUAUUUUUAUUUUUAUUUUAUUUUUAGUGUGAGCUGGGAAUGGGGAGGAGUAGAGGGAGAGGAGAGAAUCUCAAAUGGGCUCCAUGCUCAGUGCAGAGCCCAGCGUGGGACUUGAUCCCAGGACCACAAGAUCAUGACCCCAGCCAGAACCAAGAGUUGGACACUUAACUGACUGAGCCACCCAGGCACUUCUAAACCGUAGCUCUUACUUUAGCCCUUUGAUUUAUUUUUUUUAAAGAUUAAUGCACAGGAGGGGCAGAGGGAAAGAAUGUCAAGCAGACUCCCCGCAGAGCAUGGAGCCCCAACUCAGGGUUCGAUCUCACGACCCUGAGAUCAGUACCUGUGCCGAAAUCAAGAGCCAGAGGCUUAACUGACUGAGCCACCCAGGCACCCCUAGCUCUCUGAUUUAAAAUAUAAUAUUCUCUUCGGGGCUUCACUGGAAUGGUAUGGAGCGUCUUGCUCAAACCAUCAGUGAAUAUUCUAGAUUCCAAUUAGCCACAAUUUAGGGGUGUUCUCUGCUGGCUUAGGAAGAAUCAGUGUAAAUUGUGUUCAGUUGUGUACAUAAGAUUACCAGUUUUUCAACUUUUACCUUUGAAAUUCAAACCACACCAUAAGCUCUUACCUCUGUGUACCUACAAAUGCCUGUAGAGAGGUUCCUGUUGGGGAGUCUGGAAUGCCAGAGCCGUGUGCUUCAGCCUUAAUGGGGAGAGAUGGAGCCAGUUGUUCCCUGUCACCCCCUUCGCCCCCAAAACCACAUACCUUAACCACUUUUGCUCACCAACAUAAGACUGUCUGGGCACAUGUAAUCUGGGAACACUCUUAGCAAUGCCUGCCUGACACUGAACCUUGCUAAACACAUCUUCCAGUAUCCAUGCAGAUGGAGACACAAAGGUGGCACUGUGCUUCCCAGACGUGUCCUUCUGCAGCCCUCUUCUACCCUUUAGCUCUUUCCUCCUCGCACCUUCCUCAUUGAGGAAAUGAGACAAGCCUUCUCCCCAGCAAGAGAUCAUAGGACCUUGUGCACAGGCUGGUAUGGAGAUAAGAACUUCUCUACGAUUUCUUAAACCUUUGUGUAAACUGUCAAAUAUAACACAAAUACAGAAAGCCACAUGAAGCAAAUGAACAGCUUAGUGAGUUAUUCAAACGCAUCCCUGUCAGGAGAGAGGACUGGCCAACCACUCCAGACACUCCAGAGGCAACCCCCAAACACAGCCUCCCACUCCUGUGAAUAACCUCUGUCCUUACCAUGGUGAUUAUUUUCUUUCUUCUACUGGUAUUAGCAUUUGUAUUAUUAAUUUCUGUGGCUGCUAUUAAAAAAUGAUCACAGGGACGCCUGGGUGGCUCAGU